AUAUUUAAAACAUAAAUCUUUGCAUGUAAACUCACAAACUUAAAAAUUUUCUGAAUUAUCAAAGUAGAUUUAAGAAUAAUCUUUGCUCAUACUUUUUUCCUAAUAUUUAAAGGUUAUAGCAGUAGCCAUCGCUUCUACAAUGUUCAUCCGUAUAAAAUAUUGCAAAAAUAUAUAUACGAAGAAUAUUGUGUUUAAUGAAAGAAUAUUAAAUAAAGUAGGAUAUAAAAUCCAGGAUCUGGAAUUAAAGAUCAAUGUUUUAACAUAUAAAAUGCAAUAUGGAACGUGGCCGUUACCCCAUCAAAUUUAUAAUUUGAAUCCAAAGUUACAAAAGAUCAAAACGACUUUAUCCGACCCGGGUGAUCAAAAAAAUUGGAUAAAACAUGUGCUGCUAAAUCCUUCGUUGGAGAGUAAUAUGUGUGCUCCUUAUUUGAAGACGCAUCAUUCACUAAUAAAAUUGACAAAGCCUUUUGAGAUAAAACGAGAAUGUGCUCCGCAUGUUAAACGUAGUGAAUUAUCAACAAAGUGCAGCAGCAUUGAAUCUUUAAAAUCUACUAGUGAUCAGUCUAUAAAGUAUAAAAAUUAGAAAUACAUUACUUGAUCUUUCAUUGAUUUUUAAGCACAAUAUUAAUAAUAUUAAUGCAUUUUUAAAAUAUUUUAUAGAGAUAAGCACAAAAUAGACUUGAAUAGAUUGCUUCAGAAUUAUUUUUUUAUAAUAAUUGCGCAAUUUUAUCUAAUUCUUUUUUAA